CGCAAAGGGCCGGCGGGGGCUUCGGAUUCCGUCCGGGCUGAAAGGAGGGGGAGCGGAGCGCCUGUGCACUGAAUCCUACCCGAGCCUGGUUGCAGCCCACGACCUGCGGACAUGCGCUGCGUCUGGAUCGGCUUCCUUCUGUCCUUGGCGGUGGCUCACGUCGCCAGCCUUGAAUGCUACUCCUGCGACGGAGACCGCGACUGCCAGGAAACGGAGACCUGCGCAGAGUAUCAGGAGCAGUGCCGCACCACCAUCAUGAGCAUCCUAGUCCGAUCCAGGUUGUCCAGUUAUAUUCGGAAAGGCUGUGAUGUGGGCGGGAAGCCAAACAAUUCGCUCACACACUUCUCUGGCAAGGACGUGGUGUUUCUGGUGGAAGAGCACUGCGACACGGACCUUUGCAACAGGGGAAUACCACCUGUCAUGAGCACCAUCACUGCUCGAGGUCAUCAUCGAAGCCGGCUGGACUGCAAUUCCUGCGCCUCUUCUGCUGAAACCUGUUUCAACACCACCCUCGUGCCACUGCGCUGCACCCAUCCUGGGGAAAGCUGUGUAGAUAUCACAUCCUUUACUGGACCCAAAGAAUUUCCUGCGGACGAGCAGCGCAUCAAAGGCUGUGGGCAGCUCUCCCAGUGCCAGGAGCCGCUGGGCUUUCACAACCUGGACAGUUUCCACUUGAUCAAGUGUUGCAACACCAGCCGGUGCAACGACGACAGGCAAGACUACAAGAAUACGCCCCUGCCCUGGAAUGGGGUGACUUGCUUCAGCUGUGAAGGGAAUGCCACCCACGGUUGCUCUCCAGAAAGCAUCUCCAAAGUGCAAUGCCAGGGCCCCAUGACCCAGUGCCUAGAAGCCUCGGGCAUUCAUGGAAUCUCAGGGGAGAACGCUGUCCUCAAGGGUUGCGCUUCCCCCUCCUGGUGCGACAGUCCUUACACCUCCGUCUAUAAGAACCUGGGCGCCGUUCACAGCCGCUGCUGCACGGGCGACUUCUGCAACAACCAGAUCGUCGACGGGACCCUGAGGCCUUCCCCUCGCAGCCGAGCCAGCCACGAGGCCCCGGCCCCGCUGACUCUGCUCUCCACGAGCCUUCUGCUCGCCAUGGCCUUCCUCAUGUCCUCAGAGAGCUCCUGACCUUCUGUGCUUAAGACUGGGCAAGACCUGGGCCAGGACUGACCGGGCUCCAAUGUGGCGCCCUUUCUUCCACCACCCCCAAAUCCCACUAUUACAAUGCAAUCCAAAACAAAGGAACAUGUGGCAUAACAAGAAAGAGCUUCCGAGUACUUGCAAAGGGCUUUUUUCUACAUCGCCGAAGGACUAGCAAGCAUUCCUGGAGAGGCUGAGAAUCAAGACUGGCCUUCCAAGUGCACAAGUUUCAAGCCCUCUUCAUAGUUGGAGUAGACUUGCAUUGGCAGCCGUUUUUUUUUUUGAGACACGAGAAAGCAAUUAGAAAAAGUCAAGACUUUGGAUUCCUCAGGUCGGUUCUUAGCUGGGAUAUUGAAAAUGAAGUUUAAUGGAUUAAGACAGGGGUGCUAGACACCGUCCUGUCUGAUGUCUCUAUUGACAAAAAUAUUUUUUACCCUGCUGAAUAGAUACUCUAAAGCAGAAACAUCCCAUCUUAUUUUGUUUUUCUUCCUCAUGCUGUGAAGGACUCUUUUUAUUUUAACUCUUCCUACAAACAAGGUUUGGCCUCUGGCAGCCUGCACAAAAUGAUCAAGAGGACUAGAAGCUCUAUUCUUGUUCAGUCGUGCCAAGGAAUUUUCAGGCACAUUUACCAUCCACUUAAAUUUUGCCUUCCUGGAGUUUGAUGAGACGGUGUUCUCCCUAUUAUUUUAUUAUAUGAAUGUUAUUUAAAAUAAAAUUUUAUUUAUUUAAAAUGUUAUCUUCUAUAUUCACUAUAUUUUAAUAGAAUGAUUGCACUUCUUUUCUGUGGAUUCGUGCUGAUAAAAAUAAUGAAACAUGC